AAGAUAUCCACCUGAUGCUUUCUCAGCAUGAAGAGUAGGUAAUUAUUUUUUCAGUUUGGUUUGAUAAUUGUAUGAAGUAGUUGUAGAUACUCAAGUGAUAUUUCCUCCAAAAAAUGCGAAAAUUUUCAACCAGCAGCGGACAGUUCAGGCACGUGAAAAAGAGCUAUCUACAAAGGGUUCAAAUAACACAAUGGUUACCACAAUACAAGAAGUUCGAUUUUGUGUCUGACCUGGUGGCUGGCUUUACAGUUGGAAUGAUGCUGAUACCUCAAUCCAUUGCUUAUGCUGGAAUAGCAUCGCUACCUGCUCAAUAUGGCCUAUACACAGCAUUCGUUGGUUCAUUCACUUAUAUUUUAUUUGGCUCGAUAAAACAGGUGUCUAUCGGACCAACAAGUUUGCUGGCUAUGUUAUCAUUUACAUAUCUGGAAGGAUAUUCCGUGGACUUUGUUAUUUUUCUUACUUUUCUGGCAGGGUGCGUUGAAUUGGCCAUGGGACUCCUCAAUUUGGGUUUCUUGGUAGAUUUCAUCUCUCCUCCAGUAUCUGCUGGUUUCACUGCUGCCAUUUCUUUCUUGAUCAUGGCUUCUCAAAUCAAAUCUCUACUUGGACUGAAGAUUGUCUCCCACAACUUUUUGGAACUGAUCACCUUGUUAGUCAAAAAUAUGGGAAAUAUAAAGAUUGGUGAUACGGCAUUGGGUGUUACUUCUAUUAUAUUUCUAUUUCUAUUGAAGAAACUGAAUACCGUCAAUGUGAAGAACAGGACUUUAAAAAAGAUGCUUUGGUUUGUGUCCAUUUCUAGGAAUGCUCUACUGGUCUUGAUGACUUCAUUCUUAGCCUAUUACUACUGUCGAGUAGAUGGUAAAGCACCGUUCGCACUAUCUUCCAAGGUACCAAGAGGUUUACCUAGUUUGUCAUUCCCAAAAUUUUCUGCAGUACAUGAAAACCAGACGAUGAAUUUUUUCGACAUGGUACACACCAUAGGUUCUGGUAUAUUUGUGGUGCCAAUAUGUGCUAUCCUCUCAAAUGUGGCCAUAGCGAAAUCUUUCUCUUCGGGUGUGAUUGUUGAUGCAUCACAAGAAAUGAUAACUUUGGGACUGUGUAACAUUCUGGGGUCCUGUGUUCAAGCAAUGCCAUCUUCAGGCGCUUUCUCGAGAUCGGCAGUUGCAAACGCUAGUGGUGUAAGAACACCGUUGCAGGGUCUUUAUUCUGGGACAAUAAUAAUUUUAGCGUUGAGGUUCCUCACACCAUAUUUUUCUUUUAUACCCAAAGCAACAUUGGCAGCAGUACUUAUAUCGGCAGUAUCUACUAUGAUAGAAUUUCCUCUGCUUCCGGUUCUAUGGAGGACCAACAGGAUAGAUUUCUUCCUUUGCAUCACAACUUGCUGUCUAGGGGUUUUGUAUGGAGCAGAUAUAGGUCUAAUUGUAGGAGCAGUUCUUAACUUAAUAGUUCUUCUGAAGGACUGGUCCAGACCAAAAAUCCUCAUUAAAUUGUGUUUGAUGGAAAAAUCUAAUAACAAGUAUAUUCUUAUCAAACCUGAAUUUGGACUGUGCUAUCCAGCUAGAGAUUAUCUGACUGAACGCGUCUUGGAAGCACAAUCUCAACAUGCGAACAUUCCAAUGGUUUUAGACUUCUCAAAUGUUCUGAAGAUUGAUUAUGCAGCAGCAGAAGCUUUGAAGCACUUGCUAGAGACAUAUAAUCAAGAUAAAGUACAGCUGUUAUUAAUCAAUCUGAAUGCUCGAGUCCGUGAGACUUUGGAGAAGUUAACCCAAACGGAUAAAGUCAGAAAUUGUCAUAGCAGUUCCACCCUAUAUGACGAAAUGUUCGAAAUGCUGGAAGAACCAGAGACAAAAAUUCCACUUUUGGAGAGUUAACUCGAAGGGGAGAUGUGGUUUUGGUGGUGUUUGAAAAACAAGAAUUGUCUUCGAAAUUUUAGACAGAGAAUCUGUAGAAUAAGAAUAUAAUAGAAUAUUUUUUCCUGAUGAUCCUAUUUGACAGGCGGAUCUGAAGAAUCUACAAAAAUGCUAGUGGGAAGAUUUUUCCAUCUUAACGUGAAAAUCAGAGAUCUCACAAUACGCAGCUCUGUAAAUUUGCUUGAAAACUAUUUUAAGAGUAAAAUAAAAACUAUUCUGGUUUCGAUAUCUAUAUGAAAUUAUUGAAUUUAUUCGUGACUAUUAUUGCAUUGAAUUAAUAUCUGCAAAUGCAAAAUUUUUGGGAAGUUGAAUAAUUAUGUUUCUCUAAGUAUAGUACUUAUUAUAUCGGGUGAAUUUUUUCAGUUGAAUCUCGAAAAUGAAUCAUCUUAAGGAAAAAUGUUUCGAAAAAAAGGUUGAUGGUUUUUGGAGGAUGUCUACUUAUGAUAAAAUCUCUUUCAUUUAUUUCGCCCUUGUGGGGUGGAGAGGUGAUCCAGUUUCGUAGAAACAGUUUUUCUCGAUUCGUCACAGAUGGCUCUCCAAUCAAGUUUAAAUUUUCCGUCUGUAUAACCUUAACGGUCGUUCAUUCACAUAAAACUCUGAUCUUUCCUGCUGAACUGUUUGUUUUCAGUUCAUGUAUGUACUAAUCAUUUGUCAAUGAAGAAAUUAAUUGUUCUUGGUCUUUUGCUUCAAAAUACUCAUUAAUUAAAAAGUAUGUAUCAAUUGAAAGAAAGAAAAAACCAAAAUAGAUCUCUUUUAUUUGGAGUCUAAUAGAAAUGUCCGUUAAGUUUUUUUUAUACGCAGAUCGUUUUCCAUAGUUUCAACGAAUAGUAGGACAAUUUAUGACUAAAAUUUUAUGUGAAUCAUUAAUGGAAGGGAUACAUUACGGUCCUUCAGAUGGAAAAUUCAAAUUCUACCACAGAGCCAUCUCUGACGAAUGAUGAAAAUUUGUUCAUAGAUCCAGAUAAAACGUUUGUUUUUUUUGUCGUAGAAUGGUAGAAUUUGGAUCUGCUAUAAAAAAUAGGAAUUCCCAUUUAAAAUUCCAAAAGUAACCCCGCUUCUCCCAAAAGAGGAAGAAAAGGGAAGAGUUUGGAGCAUAAGUGGACUUCCUCCUGAAAACUUUUUAUUAGAAGAUAUCCAUAAGAUUUUUAACUCAUUGAACUCGAAAAAAUCACCCAGUAUUUAAGCAACGUGUGUUAUCUAAUUUAACAGUAUUUGACUAAUUUUAAUCGUAUUUUUAUGUUUAAUGUGGACAAAAUAUUGAAAUUGUUCAUGUCAUUUUAAAGGAAGAAAUUGCUAUGACAUUCAUGGUAAUUUGUAUGAAUUAUAUCCAGUAAAAGAUAAAAUAUUCAAAAAAUUAAUAAAAAAAAUAUGUUCUACUUCGAAAAGAAAAACUUAUAUUAUAAUAUAAUUAUAUUUCGAAAAUAAAUUGAGUGUUUAAAAUAUACAACACUUGGUAAAAAUAAAACGAAACCAAGUAUGUAUUCAAGAUACUUUUUACCUGAUAAAAUGAAAUAGCUAUUGAUUCUUCUACUUACUGAUUGAAUUGUGAAAAAAUUGUAUUUGUUGCUAAUUUAUUUCUAUAUUGUUAAAUAAAAUUAGAGAAACAGAAAAUAUUUAUCCACCUUUAUUCAUAUCCACACUGAUUGCACAUUAAAACUGAUGUGAUCCACCCUUUCACAUACAUCUUUGCCAGUUAUUUUAUUGUAAAUCUAAAUACAAAUGUACUAAAACUAAAAUUGUUUUGCA